AUGAGAAGAGACCGUUUUCUCUUGGCUGCAGCCCUUGCAGCGCUCUUUUCUGCAGAUUUCUACUUCAUCCUUCUGCCGAAGCUGCAGAGAAGGAGGCACCCAGAGAGAGAUAUUUGCUCAUGUAGUCCCAACAGCAACCUCAGCCUCCCCACAUUGGAGACUCUUGCCACCCCACAACUGUCCAACUGGAGUCAUGCACCUCUUCUAGUUGGUCCAUCUACCCCUGAACUUGAUGAUAGAGGCUCCAAGAUGCAGAGGCUGUUCUCUCACCCUCUGUACAACAUCCAGACUCCAGAGCUGAACCCUGAGGAGAGGCUCCUGCAGGUGGAACAGCUGAUCGAGUACUACAAGAGGAAAGUGUCCCACUGGGAAAGACGUAAGAAACUCCACGAAGAGGCAGCUUCUCUGGCAAACAUCUCUUUCAUGGAGCAAAAGAUGACUUAUGACCCUGAUGCCAGCUGGCUGAAGUUCCACCUGGGAAUAAACCGCUAUGCUCUGUAUUCCCGGGAUGACCCUGCCAUCCUCCAGCUUCUCAGUGAUAUGAAGAAUAUGACGAUCGUCAGUGCAGACUACACCCAAGAUGAGAAAGCUCUAAAAGGUGCAUGUGAUUGUACUCAAGUGGUUAAACCAAGUGGACAUCACCUGAAGCUGGCUUUGAAGAUGCGUAACUUUGGCAAAGCAAUGUUUAAACCAAUGAGGCAGCAGAGAGAUGAGGAAACUCCAGAGGACUUCUUCUACUUUGUUGACUUCCAGAGACACAAUGCAGAGAUCGCUGCGUUUCACCUAGACAGGAUCCUGGAUUUCCGGAGGGUUCCGCCAGUGGCUGGCAGACGAGUGAAUGUAACUGGAGAAGUUCUGCAAGUAGCCCACAGCGAAGACCUACGAGCCGUGUUCUUCACUUCACCAGCAAACAACACAUGUUUCUUCUCCAAGUGCCUGUACGUAUGUAAGACUGAAUAUGCCGUGUGCGGGAGCCCAGACCUGCUGGAGGGCUCGCUUUCUGCCUACCUGCCUGGCCUCACCGUCGCUCCACGCAUCUCCAUCCCGAACCCCUGGAAACGCUCCUACACCUUCUCCGGAAGGGAGCAGUGGGAAUUAAAUCCUUUCUACUGUGAUUCGGUUAAACAAGCAUAUCCUUAUAACUCUGGAAACCGGCUCCUAAACAUUAUAGAUAUGUCCAUCUUUGACUUUCUAAUAGGUAACAUGGACAGACACCAUUAUGAAAUUUUUACCAAAUUUGGAGAUGAAGGAUUACUUCUUCACUUGGACAAUGCAAGAGGGUUUGGGAAGCAUUCCCAUGAUGAGAUGUCCAUCCUGGCUCCAUUGUCUCAGUGCUGCAUGAUAAAGCAAUCUACAUUGCUGAGACUCCAGCUCUUGGCCCGACCGGAGUUCAGGCUAAGCGAUGUGAUGAGAGAGUCCCUAGAGUUGGACGUUUUAAGGCCGGUCCUGACCGAGCCCCACCUCUUAGCGCUGGACCGCAGGUUACAGAAGGUCCUCAGAGUGGUCCAGCGCUGCAUCAGGAGGCUAGGUCAGAAUGAGGUCAUCACCAAAGACUUUAUUAAACCCACAGUGACUCCUCAGACUGCCACAGAGGGGAAAAAGAGUAGGUAGUUGGGAUUAAGCUGCUUUUGUUUAACACAA